CACGUGACCACAGGAAGGCAAGUCUCGAGACCGUAAACAACAUGGCGUGCCACGAACCUGGAGAGUCGUAAAACCUACUCAGGGAGAGAGAAGCGUUAAGCGUGCUGAACUCCCACGUUUACAAGCUUAAUUCUUGAUAACACUGUUUUGUUGUUAUUUGCCGAGGUCUGCAGGAAGAAACCAGCGGAGCAAAAGGGCUGUCAAAGCGCUGUUAACAUUUAACUGAAGACAAUCAGUCUAUGGGCUCUCAGUCCAGUUCUGGGAUGUCCGGUCGGGGCUCUGGCAACAACCCAGACCAGUCGGAACCAGAACCCAACCAGAAUUCCAAUCAGACGGGUCGCACACAGGCCGAGAGGCAGUCAGGAUCUGAAGAGGACGUCGAUUUGGCACAAGUUCUGGCGUACCUACUGCGAAGGGGCCAGGUCCGCCUGGUCCAUGGAAGUGGAGCGACAGGCCUACAGCUCGUGCAGUCAUAUUCAGACUCAGAUGAGGACAGCGAUGGGGCCUGGGAUGGGCGGCUAGGACAUCGAUAUGACCCUCCAGCGGAUGCCCAACCAGACACACAGGAAAUUGACCACAGUGAGAUCCGCACUCAGAUCCUGCUUGCCACUGCUUCCUCGGGCCAAAAGGGCAGACACAGUUUCACACAUAUGCUAGCAGAGCGGGAAAAGGGACGGUGUUGUGGGUCGAGUUUCUCUCAUGGAGAGUGCAGCCGAAUCCGUUCACACUUCCUGCCUAAUCAUGUGGUAUACAAAGACACCUAUCAGCAGAAAGUCUUUUGUGGAGUCUACAGUGAUGAGGGAAACAUGUUCCUGUCUGCAUGCCAAGAUCAGAAUAUCAGGUUAUAUGACACUAGCAGGGGCCGUUUUACUCUAAAGAAGACAGUGAAGGCCAGAGACGUGGGCUGGAGCAUUCUGGAUGUGUGUUUCACCCCUGAUGCAAGUUGUGUGCUGUACUCCAGUUGGUCUGACUACAUCCAUGUGUGCAGUGUAGAUGGGGACAGUGAAACACACACCGCCCUGGACCUCAAUCCUGAUGAAAGGAGGUUUUGUGUUUUCUCACUGGCAGCAUCCACAGAUGGAAAAGAAAUUUUAGGCGGAGCAAACGAUGGCUGCCUGUAUGUGUUUGAUCGUGAACAAAACAAGAGAACUCUAAAGAUCGACGCUCAUGAGGAUGAUGUGAAUGCCGUAGCGUUUGCAGACAGUUCAUCACAGCUGCUGUUCUCAGGCAGUGAUGAUGCUCUGUGUAAGGUCUGGGACAGACGUACCCUCAGAGAAGACAGACCACAGCCUGUGGGUCAUCUGGCUGGACACAGAGAUGGAAUCACCUUCAUACACAGCAAGGGCGACGCUCGGUACUUGAUCAGCAACUCCAAAGAUCAGACCAUUAAGCUGUGGGACGUGAGGAAGUUCUCACCCAAAGAGGGGCUUGCGGCCUCACGGCUCGCUGUCACACAACAGAACUGGGACUACCGCUGGCAGCAGGUUCCCCAGAGAGCACUUAAGAGGCACAAGCUGACUGGUGACACCUCUGUGAUGACCUACAGGGGUCAUGGGGUUCUGCACACGCUCAUUCGCUGCCGCUUUUCCCCUGAAUUCAGCACUGGACAGAAGUUUAUUUACACAGGCUGUUCAACAGGCAAAAUCGUCAUCUACGAUGUGUUGACGGGAUCCAUUGUGUCCAAAUUGUCCAAUCAUGAUGCAUGUGUGAGGGACGUCAGCUGGCACCCCUAUCACAACAACAUGGUCAGCAGCUCUUGGGAUGGUGCCAUCCGUCUGUGGGAACACACGCAGAACCACCCUCUGGACAAAGAUCGAGAGAGGAUGAACGUGGAUAUGGUGGACAUGAAAACCAAACGCUUUUGAUGACAUCAGAGGUAGAUGGUGCCAUCAUUGCAGGAAUGGAAUGAAAGAGGAAUAAAGAAAAAACAAAUCAGUAAAGAGAACAAAUUUUGUGAAAUCAUAUUGAUGUAGUGUUAGGCAGGCUCUUCAGGUGUUGUUUGAUUUCACAUUACCUGCACAAAAGAUGAUACAAAUAUGUUUAAAGGAUCAUUUAGUUAAUGGACACGGGGCGUGCUGUGAUUUCUCUUUCACGCUUCUCUCUCAGCUCGGAGAUGACCGUUUACGCUUAAGUGGAAGACUUUGAGUGAACUUCACCAAUAUAAAGAACGCAUGAUUUCAGACAGGCACAACUGCUUCGCUUGAAAAAUUACUGUAUGGUAACUGUGUUGCUUUACCCCAAAAAAAACAAUACUUGCAUAAUGAAAUAUAGCUAAAUAUUUUACACCUGAUGGACAUAUUUCUAAAAGUGCAACGGAUUCUGGGAAUAAUUCUAAAUAUUGUAAGAUAUUUUAUUGCUAUUAAUGUUCAGGAUUUGAUUUUGUAGUUCAAUGUAAAAAAAAAAAAUUUCUUUGUCAAAACUCUGAAUGUGUGUUAAAAGUGUGUGUGUGUGUGGAGACAUAGCUGUGGGUUUACGGGUACGGGAAUGAGUUUCUUUAUGUGUAUGUGUGUGUGAGUGUGUGCAGAUAUGUUUUUGUUGACACAGAGGUUUGAUUUGUGUAUGGUUUAAGUGCAUUUAGAAUUUAUUGGAACACUCACAAAAUUGUUUUACAAGAAUAAUUAAAUUUAUGCACACAA